UCGCGGGGCCGUUUUUGGUGGGUCGCGAGCCUUUUUCUAAAAAGAGAGAAAAAUAAAGAUAAUCCAAUUUAGUGGCGAGUCAUUGUAGUUCCCCUCCGCACCCGCAGGGGGUCGUCGUGUCAGCAGCGACCGGUGAGGACACUCGUAUUACUGUAGAAGAAACUGCAUGUUUUCAUAGCAACAGCAGCAUGGCUAAACGAGCAACAACAGCUGGACGCGGCGGGGAAAAAGACAAUGACGAAAACAAUAAGCACUCAUCUGAAUAAACUUUUCGAGCGGUUUAGCGACUACUUUCCCGAUAAACAACCCGAGGACGACUGGGUGCGCGACCCGUUUGGAAUAAACAUGGAAAGCAUCACGUUGCCUAGCAGCGAUGAAUGUCAGCUGGUGGAGCUAUCAUGUGACCGCACUCUCAGAAAGAAAUUCACAGAGGUUUCCCCACUUGCUGCCACAUCAUGGACCCCAGGAACAAGACAAGCUGGGGAGGAGUUUAUCAACUAUCAAGUCAUGCAGGUGUCUCUUCAAAGCCAAGAAGACCUUGACAUAGAGCACUUCUGGGCAGAAUUGGCAAACAGGAAACACAAGGGUGUACCCCACUCAAAUGCCAACGCCCAACGAGUGUUUUCACUGGUUGGACUAAACAAGACUCAGACCAGGAACAGCCUGGCUCUAGAGGGAACACUCUCCUCUAUUCUGACUAUUAAAAUGGCUACUUUGGAGCUGUGCCAUGAAUGCGAAACCACCCCAGAGAUCAUCAAGGCUUCAAAAAAGGCCACCAGGGAGGACAACAUGGCUCACAAGAAUUCCCUGUUCUAUUCCUCUUCCUGUUUACAGUUGUGCCAUUUAUUCUGAGUUUACAGUCUUUAUUAUUUAUUUUUGGGCCUAGUUAAUAAGUUAUUCACAAUGCUCCUGUGAGGUCCAGUCAGACCUGGUUUAGUCCUGGGCUUAGUCCAUGUCACCCUGUUCCUGUGAGGUCCAGUCAGACCUGGUUUAGUCCUGGGUUUAGUCCAUGUCACCCUGCUCCUGUGGGACAGACUUUAGUGUCUGAUUGUAAUUCUGUUCAGUGAAUGGAUAAUUUAAGUUAUGAAGAUAUGUUUUGUUUUUGCUUAAGCACUUUUUUAUUGUUUAGCUGGCUGAUGUGGUCAACUUGAAGCUGUUGAGUGUGUGCAUUAAAAUCCUCCAAGACAAAUGUUACAAAGUGGUUGCUGGAGUUAUUUCAAUUAUGCAGAUAUUUAUGGAAAAUACUGAAAUGUGUUGUGCACAUCCAGCAACAGAACUUUCAUCCAUAUUUUACAUGAAGAACCAUUUUCAAUACUGCCUGCCCUUGCUCU